CGCCACCUCUCUCUUCACUCCAUUUUCCCAAAAAUAAAAAAUAAUUAUAAAAAGGAAAAAUCACUUUAGAGGAAAAUUCACUCUUAUCUAUACAUGCAUUCACUCAACCAUUCCAAGUUUCAAUUUUGGAAAAAUUCCAAAACAUAAAAAAAGAAAAGAAAAACAAAAUCCAAUUUUUUGUAAUCUGCAAGAUUUACUUGUGAUUUUUGUAUAAUUUUCAGUGAGGGCUUAUGGAGGGUUUUAGAAAGGGUUUGUGUUCUUGGUGGAAAACGCCGGCACCGGCGCUGACGAGGGUUUUGUGGUUUUUGGUGCCGCUGAUGGUGGUUUCCGGUUUCGUGGUCCUGCUGGGCUCGGGCUCGCCGGGCUACUAUCCGUGGCCAUGGAAUUCUGUUUUGUCGCCAGCUGGCCCGUCCCGUUUUUCCGGCGGUCUCAAGGGCUUUUCUCCGCCGUCGCAGGAUCUGGAGCUGCGGCGGAGGGUGGUUGCCGGCGGCGGGGAGUUGAGGGAGGAUGCCCUGGCGGUUGAUUACAGCCUCCACACCUCCUCGGCGGCUCCGCCGCUUGCCGCCGCCGCUGAUAUUAGAGAGGCGGAGCCACCGGUGGAGAAGAAGGCAGAGGAACUUGUGAUCACAACCAAUAGAUCCAGCGUCAAACUCCCAUCAAAUGCAACUCAACUGCUUCCAUCAAGUCGAGAAAUAAAAAGGAAAUUUAGCGAAUUGCAGAUUAUGGAGGCCAAGUUGCAGAAAUCUCGAGCCGCAAUUCGAGACUCACAAAACGGUAAAGCAACUUAUGACCACGAGUACACUCCCACUGGUCCUGCCUAUUGGAAUCCAACUGCUUUCCACAGGAGCUAUCAUGAGAUGGAAAAGCACUUCAAGGUAUUUGUAUACGAGGAAGGAGAACAACCGAUAUUCCACAACGGCCCUUGUGGCAGCAUUUAUUCAAUGGAGGGAAACUUCAUCUCCAAGCUCGAAACAUCGAAUUUCCGAACGCGGGACCCGGGUAAAGCUAGCGUUUUCUUCCUUCCCUUCAGCGUGACAUCCAUCGUCCACUUCAUAUACGACAAAAACUCCCCCGAUCAUUGGCUCCCGAUGAAACAAACGGUCAAGGACUACAUCAAUCUUGGGCCUGAACUCUCGAAAUCCCUCCCCGAGCUAUUCAACAACUCGAUCCGCGCCCUCUGCAACGCAAACACCUCGGAAGGCUUCCUUCCCGAGAAAGACGUCUCCAUACCCGAAAUCAACCUCCCGGGCGGGCGGACAACGGGCCUCGUCGGCGGCCCGUCCCCAUCCAAGCGCCCGAUCCUCGCAUUCUUCGCGGGUGGGGUCCACGGGCCCAUCAGGCCCGUUCUCCUCGAGCACUGGGAGAACAAGGACCCUGAGGUGCGGGUCCACAAGUACCUCCCGAAAAACGUCUCGUAUUCGGCCAUGAUGAGGAAGAGCAAGUACUGCAUUUGCCCGAGUGGGUAUGAGGUGGCGAGCCCGAGGAUGGUCGAGGCCUUGUACACGGGCUGCGUGCCGGUGAUCGUGAAGGACCAUUACGUGGCGCCUUUUAGCGAUGUUUUGAGAUGGAAGUCGUUCUCGGUUGAGAUAGCGGUGGGUGAGAUUAGCAACUUGAAGGGGAUCUUGAACGGGAUAUCGUCGAGGCAGUAUAUAAGGAUGCAGAGGAGAGGGGUCGCGGUUAGACGGCAUUUCGAGGUUAAUUUGCGUCCCAAGAGGUACGAUGUUUUUCAUAUGGUGCUGCAUUCGGUUUGGCUGAGGCGGUUGAACGUACGGCUGAACGGAGUCGAGGAUGAUUAGUGAUCGGAAUUUGUAUGGGAUUGUGCUGUGUUGUGGGCUUAUGGUUGUUGGGAGUUCGGGGUGGUCGG